GUUCACACAGAGUCUACGUAAAUAGGAUUUGGAGUAUGAGGAGCGCGAUGAGAGCAUCAGAGAUGAAUAGAUUUACCAGAACCCACAUGACCUCUCCCAUGUUUUCCCCAAGCAUGGGUACAGCCCCUUACUUUAAGGUGACUGUGUUUGAGCGGGAGCAUUUCCAGGGAAAGUGUAUAGAGUUCACCUCCGAGUGCGGCAACAUCCACAACUGCGGCCUGGACAACAUCCGCUCCAUCAGAGUGGAGAGUGGAGCUUGGGUUGGAUUCGAGCACCAUGACUUCCAGGGCCAGCAGUUCAUCCUGGAGAGGGGCGAGUACCCCAACUGGGAGGCCUACAGCGGCUCCCUGUCCUACCACAACGAGUACUUCAUGUCCUUCCGCCCCAUCUACUGCGCUUCCCACCAGAACAGCCGUAUGAUGAUCUUCGAGAAGGAGAACUUCAUGGGCCGCAGCACUGAGCUGUGCGACGACUACCCCUCCCUGAGGGCCAUGGGCUGGGCCACCCCCGAGGUGGGCUCCAUGCACGUGCAGAGUGGAGCCUUUGUGUGCUACGAGUACGCCGGCUACAGGGGCCAGCAGUACAUCAUGGAGUGUGAGAAGCACAGCGGAGACUACCAGCACUGGAGGAACUGGGGCUCCCACUGCCAGACUCCCAAGGUCCAGUCCAUCAGACGCAUCAGGCAUUAAGGAGGACCGGACCAGGACCAGCAGGAUCGGCUCAGGCUAACACCUGGACGCCUGACUUAAAGGCCGGAAAACUGAACUUUAAGCUUCGGUUUUGGGUUUAACUACAACACAAACCAUCAGUGACUUAGCAGCUACCUCUUUAUCCCAGCUCAUAUUCAUAUUUCUGUUAAUACAAAUAAAAUAAAGCUCAGAUUGAAAACCUGA